AUGCAGGCACCUGACAACGGUGGAUCAGUUCAGGGAAUGAUGGAAACGUUGAAAGCUUUGAUCGAGGAAGCAACAAAGAAGUUGGAGGAUAAGAUGGAUGAUGUUACCUCAGAGAUUAAGGCAAUGGUUGGGGACUUAGAUGAGAGACUUGAUAUGGUUGAAUGUUAUAUUGUAGCAGGGGAUAUAAGUGAGGCGGAGGAGGAGGCGGAGGAGGAGGAGGAGGAGGAGGAGGCGGAGGAGGAGGAGGAGGAGGAGGAGGAGGCGGAGGAGGAGGAGGAGCAAGUAGCAGAACCGCCAAAGAAGAGAAGAAAAGAAACUCCAGCAGAGAAAGAGAAGAGGACAAUCAAACCUUCAGCUAUUCUCUCAUCUCCAUAUGUGGCUGGUCAGGCAAAUAGAAAAAGAAAAAGCAAGACAAGUGGAAAAGGGAAAGGAGGUGCAAAGAGACCGUACAACACACGUAGGAAACAAGGAUGA